CCGCUUCCCACAAUGCAGCGCGCCGCUCCAUCCGCCUUCCUCUUAAAGGGGCACCGCCCUGAUUCCAAAGGCAUCUCGUCCUCCGCCCGGUCCUACCAAGGCAGCCCGAUCCCCACGUGCAUUUACUCGGGGUUAAGUCCCACUGACUCCAGGGCGCUUUGCUUUCGGUGCGCGUCUUAAUUAGAAUCCCGACGGUCGAAAGCCAGUCCACUAGGGGUUUUGGUCCGGCUACAGUCCUGUAAGGGCAGUAGAAAGAAGCCCCACUAGAGCAAAGCAGUCCUCCUGGACAGGACUGCUGCAGUGACUGUAUGUAUGUAUGAGCUUCCUUGCACUAGAUGGGACUCCUGUGCCUUUAGCAUUGUGGUUGGCUUCAAUCUUUAUAUGGCUGCCCACUUAUUUGGGAGUAAAUCCCAGUACAAUGAGACUCCGGAAAAGUAUUAGGACUAGCAUUGCAAGCCUUUAAGCCCUCUUUGUUUUUGUUGCAGCAGAUCGACAGGGCUGCCUCCUCCUCCGCCCAUAACAAUAAUAAAAUAAAUAGUAAUAAUGGUAAUAGUAACAACAACAAUUUAUUAUUUAUACUCCGAAAGUGCUGCACCUCCUGUCUUACUCCGCCGAGUGCAGCGAGCAAGGGUGACUUUAGGGCUUUGCAGUCUGAUCCCACGCAUACGUAGCUGGGAAUGAACUUCCACUGUCCACUGCUCCCAGAGGAAAUACAGCUACACGCGCCUUGCAACUAGCACGCUUCAUCUGCUGCCCCUUUACCUCGUCGUGGGUUCUUUAAUGAGCCGGGAACGCGUGAAACCCCGCCUCCUCUCCUCCGCCAUUGGUUUACCGAGGUAGCAAUCAGCAGCGGCUCACGCGGGGAGUAACGACCAAUGGGGAAGGAGGGUGAUGAUUUAAAAGUGACCCGUGCGGAAAGCUGAGCUCGUUAGUGGUGUAUCGCUUUUAGUGUGCGUGUUAUCAAUUAUUUGGCAAUGGGUGGAUGUGAGGUUUAAAAGCUUGUUUGGCCUAGAUUUUUGUUUCCUUUUUUUGUCAUUGCUUCCUAAUGUCUCGUCUCUAUCGAUUUGUGCUGGUUUUAUGUUUAUUAACAAGUUGUGUUGCUUUUCUAAAAUUCUGUAUCUUUUUUGCUUGGACUAAAAUUAUUUUUUUAUUAUUGAUAUCAGGUUCUUUGUUUCGUUUGGUCCAUUCUAUAGGCAGGUAAGUAAUGCUAAAAGAGAAGCUGGCUUUUUGGUGUGUGGUUUUUUUCCUAAGAGUUAGAAAUACUAGUUAAAUCAAUCAGGUCUAGGGCAACCUAAGACUCCAGUCCUGACUGUACUUAAGAUGGGCAGUCAGUAGGUUUCCUGGUGUGCCUUAUUGCUGAGUACUGCGCAUGGUCUGGCAAGUUAGUGAGACUGCAUUAAAGUGAUGGAGAACAAUGUGGGUGGGAAUACACUUUGUAGGCUUCCCCUCCCUUUUUUGCUGUUACUUUUUGGGUUACAGUGCUAUAAUGCUAAUGUCUGACAUUUAACACUGGCACUCAAGAGUAUGUGGUAGCAUGGAAAGUAUUGCUUUAGUAUAUGUGUCAAAACCUGUAAUUUUAGGCUGCAAUUCUUUUAAGCAUUUACAGUAUCUAAGAAUAAGACCAAUUGAACUCAGUGGGACCUACUUCUGAGUAGGCAGCAAUAGUUCACUGUUGUUCUUAACUUCAGAAUGUAGCCCUCUGUAAAUAGACACUUUUAGAAAGUGCUUUUUUUAAAAAAAAACCUUUUGUCACCACCCCCAUGUAUUUUUAUAAACUGCUUUAGUGAGUAGUUUUUGACUGCAUUUUGAGUUCUGUCUCGUGUUUAACAGUUAUCUGCACAUCCCAGUGCACUGUACCUAGUCAAGACAAACACUUGAAAGAAGUGCAUUAAACCAGUGGCCGCCUUUGCUCCAGAAGGUUCUGGAGGAGUUUCCAAAAGUGACUGAGGUACUACUAGUGAGACAGAAUGUAUAAUGAUGACAGAAGGCUAAGGAUGCAAGAAAACACGAAAUAAUAAUGUAUAUAUCUGUUCUAGCAGUCCUUGGAUGUCAAAGUGAUGGCGACACAAAUUUACAUAGAAAAAGAGAAUGAUGAAAUUGGCACGGUUGCUUCUUCUAAGGGUCGGAUGCAAUUGGUAUCUGCACCAUGUAAGUUUGUAUUCAUGUGAAUUUAAACUGGUAUGAAAUGAAUGGAAAUACCUAUUUUAAACCAAAGCUCCAUUAAAGAUGCUGAUGAACUUGAAUUCAUAAUUCAGAAUGCUUAAUAUCAACUUUUUAUAGCUUUCUCCUCUUUUUGGAGGCAGCAAUGAUAACAGGUCAGCUCAGCUUUGAGUUACCGGAUGAUGAAGUCUUUGUGGAAAGACAGGAUGCCGGGAGGAAGGAAAAAUGAGAACUAACUGUGGCUUCUCCUUUAUUCUGCCUCAUGGAGUAUUCUUAGCUGCACUGGCUUGAUUUGCUUGUCUUGCCUGUCACAUUAACCAUGGUUUAACGUGAACAAGCAGCACACUCAGAAUCUCCUGGGGCAUUCCUGCUGCAUUUUGGAUGAAACAAACCAGGGCGUGGUUUGUCAUGUCACCUGAACCUGCACUUGUUUAUCUCCAAAUGAACCAAGAGGUAUAAGUUAAGAACAAACCUUGGUUUGUUUGGAGAGAGACAAACAACAAACUUGGGUUCAUAUGACAUGAUAAACGUCUGUUCUGACUUGUUUUGCCUGUGGUGCCCUUGAAUGAAGAAGUUUUGGUACUUUGGGUCUUAAGCAUGUUGGCUGACUUGAUUUUCUUCCAUAGCAAAGAGUUUUGCUGAAAGGUCCUGCCCCAAGACUCCACUUGUUGGAAGGACAGCUAACGUAAAUCCAGCAGCAUCCCAGUCUGUCAGGAAGGUUCUAGGAAAUUUGAAUAGGCCUUCAACAACAACAAAGAGUAACUUCCCAAAAGGAAAAAAGUCUUCUACGAAAAAGGUUAGUAGAGCUAAUACUCCAUAGGACUGCAUUAGAUUCUCAAAACAGAAUUAUUCCUAGGCUGGAGAACUGUCCCAGAUAUAAGCAAAAUGACAAAAAGAUCAUAGAUGUGUGCCAAUCUGUCAAAAUUUCAGCAAGUGAUAAUGAUCAGCUCACCUUAAACUAGCCUCUUGAGUAACUGAAGCUUUCAUCUUGUGUAAAACUUUUCUUCCAGAAAAGUAGUACAUUGGUGGGUAUGAAAUAGGAGGAUGACUGGCACAUAGCAGGAAAAAGAGAGUUGUGUGUACAUAGAGACCAGCUUUCUCUCUAGCUCAUGAAGGAAGAAUGCAUUCACAAGGAUGAUUAAAGCUAAGAACACUGGAAAAUCUGCUGGUCACAACAAGAACAACAAAAACCAGGGUGGCACCUGAAAGGGGAUUUCUAAGUGAAAAUAAGGGAAGGCCCUGGGAAAGGGAAGAAGUGGGGAGGCAGCCUGUUUUUUAAUUCUUCCUUGAUUAAGGAGUUGGGAACAAGAAGUCAUGAUGUUAUAAUAAACAUGAUUUUGGGAAUUCCCAAGCUGUGGUCCAUGGUCCACCAGUGGAAAGCAUAGAUUCAGCAUAUUGACGGGAGAAAUCUCUAGUCUGGCUGUUGUAAGACUUUGUUGUAACCACUUUUUCUCACUUUUUAUCCUUAUUUAAGGCUACUGAAACUGCAAACAGAGUUGAAAGCAGCAGCAUGGUUCCUGAAGACUAUCCAGAAAAGGAGAACCUCUUUUCCUAUGAUCCUUUAGGUAAUGCCUGCCAAGGAUUAUUUUGGUUUCCUUGGGAUAGAGGGGGUGAUUGAUUGAUUGGUUGGUUGGUUGGUUGGUUGGUUGAUAAUCAAUGCAGAGAUAUGAAGCAGGAGGUGGUUCUGCUGGAGUGUCAUAGGUUGCUGUCUGUCUUGUUAACUGACCUUCUAUACCGUAAGCUGCAACGCAUGCUGGGGUUAUGUUCUGGGGAUCGCACCUAAAGGCAAAAUUGUGUAAAGUCAAAAUGUAUUGGGUUCAUUGGUAGGUGGGAUUGCCAAAGAUUCCCCCCAGAUGCCCGUCCUAUCAUCAUCAUUAUUAUUUUUAUUAUCAUUAUCAUCAACAUCAGCAGCCAAGCAUGUUAAACUGAAUGGUCACACAUUAAAUACACGUAAGUUGCAGGAUUACUGUACUAGAAGUUGCCGGGCAUAACAGAUAAAUAAGUUGAGGGAAUCUGAAUAAAAAAUCAGUCUUAUGCAUUUUAUUUAUGCUCUUUGUGUGCUACUCAAUAGUGUAAACCCUGCUAGCUGAGUGAAUUAUGUCACUGCCCCACUCCUCUAACAAGUAAUGGAGAGUGAUGCUCAGGGGCAGUGCUAACCACUGUUCUUUCUGAACAGACUUUGAGAGUUUUGAAGUUCCCGAAGAGCACAGGCUGAGCCACAUGCCCCUGACUGGAGUUCCUCUGAUGGUAUUUGAAAAUGCCUCUGACAGAUUUGCAAGCACAAUCUCUGUACCUGCAAAAGAGCCUUCCAUUUCAUGGGGCUAUGGUAAGUUUUUUUUAAAAAAGUGAUUUGCAUCCAGCAAAGUGAGUGGCUGUAAUGCUACAUUGUAAGGGGCAAUACUUGGCUGGAACAGAGCAAACACAGAAAGAAUUGAAAAGCAACAACUGCCUAACAUUUGGGUGACUAGGGUAAAAGGGGCACUGAAAAAAAUUGAGAUUAGAAAUGUAACCAUGAACAUUAGAAAUGAAAAUAUUAAAAUUCGAAUGUUUCUGACUUGAUGUUAACUGGCUUUUUAAAUCUUUCAGAUACCCUGCAGUCCACUCAAGACUUCCUGGCUACUUUGGAUGAAAUAAUAAUUGAUCUUCCCCCUCCCUUAUAAUAUGUAAACAGGCUUAUCUCUUUUUAAGCUGAAUUUUGAGCAAGCUGUAUUAAUUUUCAUAAUAAAGGACUUGGAUUAAAAUCGCAAG